AUGUUGGCUGUACGCGACCAAGAAAACCUGGUCCACUCUCACCAGACCGUUGCCGCGUCGAAACCACUCAAUCAAGGCGUGAGACAUUUGCAACCCAAGACCCCCGGCGCUCGAGUACCAAAAACGCCAUUUAAAGUGCCUUUGAGGAAUGAUGAGAACGAUCCACUGGCCUUUGGGAAGAAAACCGUGAAGGGGGGGAAACAGAAGGAGAAUAUCAACUUGACUACGAAAAAUGCCUUUGUCACUCCGUCGGCAGAUCCUCGUCAGCGUGCCCCUCUUGGCAUGAAGACGACAAAUGCCAAAGCCAAGGGAUUGCAGACGCCAGCACCUCCUGGAGUGACGAUGAAGCCAGAGAGAACCAUCAAAAGAGGUUCCACCCAGAGAGCGAAGAAAUUCGCUCCCUUUGUACAGCCAAGCCAGCCGGAAGUCCAGGCGAAACCGGUAGAAGAUGAUGUCCCUGACAUUGAGUAUAUGCCGCCCAAACCCAAAGACCUUCCUGAUAUUCCGGAUGAUGUCACUUAUGAUACUACAUUUCCGCAAUUCCUGCCGAAAAACCUCGCUAGAGGGUUGGAAAGCGUGUAUGGAGAUAAUGAGGUUGGACCCGAUGGGCUCACGAAGCGCGAGCGGAAAUUUCAAGAAGACUCAGCUGCUUGCGACAGAAUGGUUGAGGAGAUGAUUCGGAAGCAAGUUGAGAGCAUUGGCUUCGAGGAAACGUACGAGACCGUUCCAGCUGAGGAGCCGCCUGCAGCAGACGCUACGCAACGCCGGAUCGAAACGCGCUCGCGAACGAGAGCGGCCAACAACAAGAAGAAACAUACCAGCAAUAUCUCCACAGUUCGAGCUCGUGAUGCUGCUGCUGCUCUGUCCGGGACACAGCGUUCUAUCCCACGCACCAGACCCGCUGUUUCGGCCAAGCCUAGGGUCACUUCUUCCUUGUUCCCGUCUAAGAGAUCAAGAGAACCGACCAAUCCGUCGAGUAUGCGGCAAACGGCCGCUGCUGCAACUUCCCAGACGACAGUGGGAUACAGUAGGGGUCGCGAAGUUUCGUCCAAGUUGCAUGGCAGGACGGCCAGUCCAACAGAGCCGGACACAGUCCCCCAAGGAAUACUAUCACCCGACACCUAUCUGCAGCCCUGUGGGACUCCACCACUGAUCGCCGACACCAUCGGGCUAGACUUGGAGAAUGCGGAGGAGGGUCUUCCAACAUUUGACGAAGAUGAGGAAGCUCAAAACUUCCAGUUAACGCUGUGA